CGCCUCUCCUCUGCACACACACAACUCGGAGGCAGCGAGCGUCUCCCUCCCCUACCACACGCAUCGCGCACAGGAAGAGAGCGAGGUCGCCGCCUCUCUCCGUCGGUGGUGCGGGUGCCCGCCCUCGUCGAGCGAGAUCUCCCUGCGGCUCCUCGAGAUCUGGUCACAGAUCUAGCUGACAAGAUGGUGAAGAUCUGCUGCAUCGGUGCUGGCUAUGUCGGUGGCCCGACCAUGGCCGUCAUUGCCCUCAAGUGCCCAGACAUUGAGGUCGUUGUCGUUGACAUCUCCAAGCCCCGUAUUGAGGCCUGGAACAGCGACACCCUCCCGAUCUAUGAGCCUGGUCUUGAUGAUGUUGUGAAGCAGUGCAGGGGGAAGAACCUCUUCUUCAGCACUGAUGUUGAGAAGCACGUUGCUGAGGCUGACAUCAUCUUCGUCUCGGUGAACACCCCCACCAAGACCCGUGGUCUUGGAGCUGGCAAGGCUGCUGACCUCACCUACUGGGAGAGCGCUGCUCGCAUGAUCGCUGAUGUCUCCAAGUCUGACAAGAUCGUUGUUGAGAAGUCCACUGUCCCUGUCAAGACUGCUGAGGCUAUUGAGAAGAUCUUGACCCACAACAGCAAGGGCAUCAACUACCAGAUCCUCUCCAACCCGGAGUUCCUUGCUGAGGGCACUGCCAUUGAGGACCUGUUCAAGCCUGACAGGGUGCUCAUCGGUGGCCGGGAGACCCCUGAGGGCAGGAAGGCCGUCCAGGCCCUCAAGGAUGUGUACGCUCACUGGGUUCCUGAGGACAGGAUCCUCACCACCAACCUGUGGUCUGCUGAGCUCUCCAAGCUCGCUGCCAACGCUUUCUUGGCGCAGAGGAUCUCCUCUGUCAACGCCAUCUCCGCACUCUGCGAGGCCACCGGUGCCAAUGUGACCGAGGUGGCGUACGCUGUGGGCAAGGACACCAGGAUCGGCCCCAAGUUCUUGAACGCCAGUGUUGGGUUCGGUGGCUCCUGCUUCCAGAAGGACAUCCUGAACUUGGUGUACAUCUGCGAGUGCAAUGGCUUGCCCGAGGUGGCCAACUACUGGAAGCAGGUGAUCAAGAUCAACGACUACCAGAAGAGCCGGUUCGUGAACCGCGUGGUGUCCUCCAUGUUCAACACUGUCGCCGGCAAGAAGAUCGCCGUCCUCGGCUUUGCCUUCAAGAAGGACACCGGUGACACCAGGGAGACCCCUGCCAUCGACGUCUGCAAGGGCCUGCUGGGCGACAAGGCCCAGAUCAGCAUCUACGACCCCCAGGUGACAGAGGACCAGAUCCAGCGGGACCUGGCCAUGAACAAGUUCGACUGGGACCACCCGAUGCACCUGCAGCCGACGAGCCCCACGGCCGUGAAGCAGGUGAGCUGCGUCUGGGACGCGUACGAGGCCACCAAGGGCGCCCACGGUCUGUGCAUCCUGACCGAGUGGGACGAGUUCAAGACCCUGGACUACCAGAAGAUCUUCGACAACAUGCAGAAGCCGGCCUUCGUGUUCGACGGACGCAACAUCGUCGACCCUGAGAAGCUGAGGGAGAUCGGCUUCAUCGUCUACUCCAUCGGCAAGCCGCUUGACGCCUGGCUCAAGGACAUGCCCGCGGUCGCUUAAGUCUCCACAUCCGAGAGCUGCUGCCUGCAGGGAUUGGAUCCGAGAAAGGAAGAGGAACUGGUUGACCAUUCUUUAUUAUAGUUUGUUUUUGCAGGAGACGCUACGAUUUUCUCUUCUGUCAGGCAUAAAAAGUUGGUCGGUGCUGCUAGUAUUCUCUGUUUCGUGUUUUCAUGUUGGAGGACGUCUGUAGAUGUAAGAUCCUCAAGCCCUUGUGCUAUCUGCUUGAGGAAAUUUCCUUGUACCCAUGGACCUGCUAUAGCCGGUUGAUUCUUCAAUUGUAUUCCUAAAGUUAUUACAGAAACGAUGUUCUUCUCUUCUCUUGCACAAAUAACAAAACUUCACUCGCCC